AUUGACCCUUACUCUAGGCUUUCACCUACGCACACCUAGUAUCAGACAGCUGCAAGGCUGAAAGCGUACCCCAUAAACCCACCAGAUCACCGGUGGAUAUGCUUGUUGGUAAUGAAUGGUGGGACGAGAGAGCCACAAAUGUAUGGUUAUCAAACCAUGGAUAGCCGUCGUACCAACGACGCACGACAGAGCCCCACCAAACAAAGUACCAUUCCUCCUUAAAAGGAGCAUUAAGCCGAUGCACCCGAUGCACCCGAUGCAUAAAGCUGUCCAUCCACACUUCGGAACUGUUUAUUCCCUUUUUCCUUUCUCAAACUUCUCCUCACCAUCCAUCUCUCCACCAAAUAUGGCAUCAUUCGGGGCUAGGGCACGGCGCGCCAUUGCGUCGGUGCCGUUUCUGUUCAUCGCAGCGUGGUGCUUUCGUCAAAUGGAUAUUCCUAAGGUGGUAGAAUACCAAGAUCUGGUCGUUAAGGCCGGCGUGAUUGAAUGGGAUGGGGGAUCAGUUAAGAUACUCGACGACUUUUUCGGAGUGGAUUAUCUCAACGAGAUGUGGCGUGGUGUAACGGCUACUUUCGCCCCCUCUACUUUAGCAUUCGACAGCGUCUCUUGGUGGCAGGUGUUCUCUUUCCUGAUCGAUUUAGGGCCGGUCUAUGCAAUAUGGAUCCUGGAAUCUUACCGUGCUGGGAGUGCCUAUGGGCCGGUGUAUUUCCCAACAUUCUUUACCCUCGCAGGGCAAUAUGUUGGGCUUGGUUCAGUAGCGCCCGUCUACUACUUCUUAAGUCUUGCCUUUGGCCCAACUGCAUCCGAUCUGGCUCGGUUAUCAACAGAAGAUCGAACAAUCAGGAAUAAGGAUACCGGGCUCCUUGUUUUAAUCGUCCUCUUAUUCCAUACAUUUGAAGCCUUCGCCAUGUAUGUCUCCCCCGAGAAUGAGACGCGACAUUACUGGACUUGGGCCUGGCAGUUUACCCCUCUUUGGAUCGGGAUGGCCAACGUCUUGAUUUCUAUAGUCACCAAACGGCUUCUUUCCAACAGCAAUGUCCUCACGUCACCUAGACUUCUAGUAGCAUUGCUGGGCGCGAUCUCCGCUGGUGUGUGGGGCUAUGUGCUACUUUAUUCCCCGUAUCCCCUGUCCACGGUGUUCCUACCGUCGAACGAAGAAAAGCCAGUGGGCGUCGAACAUUGCCGUGAAGCACUGCAGACAGACGAGGUGUCCCUUUUUAGCAGCUCUUUUCUGUGGUUGAUUUAUUCAUUCCUCGACCUUGGAUUUGCUGGUCUGCUGGGAAGCGAUACACUCUUCCAGAUUGCACUUCUUCCUAUUAUCGCAUUUGCUGGUGGACCUGGGGCCGCCUUUUCUUUUGGCUGGUAUGUGAGGGAGAAGGCCUUAUCAAGACCCAAAAAAUGAGGGGGAUUUCUGGCGAAGGCCCCAUCUUGUUAAGAAUCAGCUUUCGUUAUAAGAUAGUGGUCCCACAUUCGGCGCUAUCUACCGAAUAGAUCAAAUCCUCGAAGACGAAGUAAUCUUCACCCUACUCGAAGUUGAAUCAAAGAUCGCGGCCUGUACGACGCAGAAUGCUUCGGUGGUCUCAAUUACCCAGAGA